GAACCCUCCGUCCAAUGAGUGACGAGUCGUCAGCUGACGCUGUCUAGCGUCUAUUGUACACAAGGCUCGAGCUGAGACGGACGCGGAUCACUGUGAAUUCAUCCCUCAUUUACAAACUGACCUCUUCAUAAAGAUGCAGUUCAUGCUGUUGUUCAGCAGACAAGGGAAGCUCCGUCUGCAGAAAUGGUACGUUCCUCUGUGCGAUAAGGAGAAGAAGAAGAUCACGCGGGAGCUGGUGCAGACCGUUCUGGCCCGCAAACCCAAGAUGUGCAGCUUCCUGGAGUGGAGGGAUCUGAAAAUCGUGUAUAAAAGAUAUGCCAGUCUGUAUUUUUGCUGUGCCAUUGAGGACCAGGAUAACGAACUUAUCACACUGGAGAUCAUCCACCGCUACGUCGAGCUGCUCGACAAAUACUUCGGCAGCGUAUGCGAGCUGGAUAUCAUCUUUAAUUUCGAGAAGGCGUAUUUCAUCCUGGACGAGUUCCUGCUGGGAGGCGAGGCUCAGGAGACAUCGAAGAAGAAUGUCCUAAAAGCCAUCGAGCAGGCGGAUCUGCUGCAGGAGAAUCUAGAUUUUCAGAUCUGUCUGCUUCCAGGUGUUUUGAGUCCGAACAUGUCGGCCGAGUCCUCGGGACUCUUCCAGAGUUAAACCGCUUCAGCUCGACACGCUUCAGGAUGCCAAAGAAGCAGAGACUCCCCGCAGCGUCCUCGAGGAGAUCGGACUCACAUAAACCCCUCCGAGACGACCGUCCCAAACACACACACACACACUCACUGAGAGCCUGACCACUGAAGAUGUAGCAAACACACACACACACACACACACACACACACACACAUCACCAUGUUUCCGUGUUGGUCAUCUUUCUUUCCUCCUCAUGCGAUUGCUUUGUGAGCAGAAGAAGUUGCAGAAAUGUGUUGAGCUCCGGAUGACACAUCCUACUUUACAUCUGCUGUGACGAUCAGCGUCCCACACACACCGUGCUGCUUGCUUCAUCAAAUAUAUGUGAUCCUCUCAUCGUUUGGAGUGCGUAUAAUCAGAUAUUCCCGCUUUAGACACUCAGUCGACAAGCUUAUGGUGUUUGAAAAUGUAUUACGUGACAUAGGGAAGUUAUAUAAUUUAGAAAAUAGAGCAAAAGACACAAAAGGGAUUCAUUCACAAAACCAAAGAGUGCUUUCUUGUGUUAGACGGUAGAUUAAAGUGGUAAACAUCAGCACACGGAUGUUAAGUUUAUAAAAGCAAACGCUUUAAUGCUCAAGAAAACAUUUAGGCUCAAAUUUCAGAUUUAUGAAUUUGAAUCGCACAGUUUGGAUUGCAGAGUUUUAAUAUAAACUAAUAAACUUAAUGUGAUGUAUAUUUGUCAUGUAAAUAAAUGGGAAAAGUCAAGAUUUCUGCAUUCCAAAAGAUUGCAUCUAUUUGAUUUUAUAUAAAAACAUAUGUUAAUAUUGCACGUAUAUAAAAAAUGUGCAGAAUCAGCAUAAAUCUGUUUAAUGUUGAAAUGAAGAUGGUUAAAACAUGACUAUUUGUGGAACAAGCAAUACUAUGAAACCAACUGGAUUUAUUGAUGAUAUAUAUAUAAAGUUGGUAAUUGUGUGUUUAAAAUGCAUUCAGUUUAUGAGUGCUAUUACAGAAAUCUGAUCUUUUUCAGUUAUACAAACAUGCAUCACAUUAUGUUUCUUAGUUUGUUAAAAGUGUGUAAUUCAAACGGAUGGAAGAUUUAUAUGCAGUUCAAAUACAUACUGUGAAUCUAAAAUUUAGGCCUAAAUAUUUGUCAGUUGUUUUAAUCUGUGGUAGUUUUUUUCUUGCAUUAGUACUCGAGUAAAGUGUGUUUCUGUCAUCAGACUGGGUUUAUUCCACUAACCUGAACAACCUCACUGAUUUACCACUGUGUUAACCAGGCAACUAACACUUGACCACUGUUAACUUCACUGUUUCUGUGGUAUUUAUUGAAAUUAGGAGUUACACUGUAUAUUGAACACAUUUAUACUAAUGUUUCUCCAUGACAGUAUUGUUCACGGUGCAUGAAGCUCCAUUUUGAAGCAGUAGUUUACCCAAAAAUAAAUAUUUGCUACUCUCCUUCAGAUCAUCCAAGAUGUAGAUGAGUUUGUUUCUUCAUCAGAUUUGGAGAAAUGUAGAAUUGCAUCACUGCCUCAUCAAUGGAUGUGAAUGGGUGCCGUCAGAAUGAGAGUCCAAACAGCUGAUAAAAACAUCAAAUUGUUGCGUGCAACUUAAAUAUGACUCAAUCCAUAAUAACGCUUCCUCCAGUGAAAAAGUCCAUCUCCUGUUGUCCCUCACAUAUUUGUUUAGAGCUGUUUUGGCUUGUAAAUGGUGCUUGAUCUGUGCAGAUUUCUCUCCUGAUUCACAC